AGCGCUUAGAGACUACAAAUCCCAGCAGGCCAGUGCGGUGAGGGCGCAUGCGCGCCGCGCAGUUGGAACUCCUCUAUUAUGCUGCUUGGCUGGGGAUAAAAAGAAGAGCAACUGGAGGCAGCGUACGGCAAACGUUCCGGGAGCCGCCGGGGGGAACAAUCCCAAGGAAGAGGGUCCAUUGUGCUGUUCCAGAAACUGAAGAGGUUUUGCUGAGAAAUCUGCCAGUCUGAUCUUUUCCUUAUGUUGGUGAUGAUGUCACAGAGAAAGAUGGUUGACUCCUGACUCUGGAAGUGCUUUAUGGUCAGACCCCUGAAAUGGGAUGUCUUUCCCAUUUGGGGACCAUAAAGGAAGAGAUUGUGUUGCUCAGCUGUCACAAAAGGAAGUGCUAGAGCGAACGGCGAGAUGUCUGCUGUGACUGCAGGAGCUCAGGCUCCACAAGGGCCUUCAAACCUGCCGCCUCCUGAAGUCACCAACUCUAAUAAACCAGGUCGGAAGACCAACCAAUUGCAGUACAUGCAGAAUGUAGUGGUGAAGACUCUUUGGAAGCACCAGUUUGCCUGGCCAUUCUAUCAACCUGUUGACUGUGUGAAGUUAAGCCUCCCUGACUAUCACAAGAUUAUUAAGAACCCAAUGGACAUGGGGACAAUAAAGAAGAGGUUGGAAAAUAACUACUACUGGAGUGCUAAUGAGUGCAUGCAGGAUUUCAAUACCAUGUUUACAAACUGUUAUAUCUAUAAUAAGUCUACCGAUGAUAUUGUUUUAAUGGCACAAGCAUUGGAGAAGAUCUUCCUGCAGAAGGUAGCACAGAUGCCUCAGGAAGAGGUGGAAUUACUACCCCCUGCCCCAAAAGGCAAAGGCCGAAAACUUCCCACAGCAACACCCCAAGCACCAGUUGUUCGAGAUGUGGAGACACCUGUAGAAAAACUGCCACCACCACCCCAGGCUCCAGCCCCUGCCCCGAAGCCUGCCGAAGUUGAACGUCCCACUACCAGACGGGCUGAGCCACCAGCGGAACCACGCAGGGAGCGUUACAAAGGAGCGACACAAGCAUCAGCAGUGUCCAGUGUGAACCCAUCCAUACCCCAUACUAAUGCCACCCCCGUGGCUUCUCAGACCCCUGUCAUUGCCGUCACUCCUGUGCCAACUAUAAUGGCAAAUGUCGCCCCAGCUUCUGCCCAGCCGCCUGUACCAGCUGCUUCUUCUCAAAUGGUUCCUGUGGUACCUCCAGCAGCUCCAGUCGUUAAGAGGAAAGGGGUGAAACGAAAAGCCGACACCACCACCCCCACCACUUCAGCAAUCACAGCCAGCCGUAGCGAGUCUCCCGUUCCUGUUUUGGAGCCCAAGCUUGCAAAGGUUUCGAACCGGCGAGAAAGCGGGGCGCGUCCCAUUAAACCACCAAAGAAGGACUUGGAAGAUGGUGAGAUUACCCAGCAAGCAGGAAAAAAGGGCAAACUGACCGAACAUCUCAAGUACUGUGAUAGCAUCUUGAAAGAGAUGCUUUCCAAGAAGCACGCUGCCUAUGCUUGGCCCUUUUACAAACCGGUGGAUGCGGCAGCCUUGGAACUGCAUGACUACCAUGAUAUCAUCAAGCACCCUAUGGACCUCAGUUCUGUUAAAAGAAAAAUGGACGCACGAGAGUAUGCAGAUGCACAGGCUUUUGCAGCCGAUAUCCGGUUAAUGUUUUCUAACUGCUACAAGUAUAAUCCUCCUGACCAUGAGGUGGUAGCCAUGGCUAGGAAGCUCCAGGAUGUUUUUGAGAUGAGAUUUGCAAAAAUGCCAGACGAACCUGUAGAGCCCCCAGCUCCUCCUACCGCGGCCGCCCCAGUGGUCAGUAAAAGCACAGAGAGCAAUCGUACGAGCGAAGAAAGCUCUUCAGACUCUGAUAGUUCUGAUUCGGAGGAGGAAAGGGCCACCAGGUUGGCGGAACUCCAGGAGCAGCUAAAAGCUGUUCAUGAGCAGUUGGCUGCACUGUCGCAGGCUCCUGUCAACAAACCAAAGAAGAAGAAAGAAAAGAAGGAGAAAGAGAAAGAGAAGAAGAAAAAGGAGAAGGAUAAAGACAAAGAGAAGGAGAAAGAAAAGCACAAGGUGAAGAUGGAAGAAGAGAAAAAGAUCAAAGCUGCUCAACCAGCAAAGCUGGUUCCACCCAAAAAAGCACCAGCAAAGAAAGCAAGCAGUACAACAGCAAGCGCAACAACCACAGCUGCUGCUGCUGUCAACGCUGUGGCUAACAGCAAGCAACCGAAAAAGGGUGGAAAGCAGCCUCCAUCUGCUGCCUACGACUCGGAAGAAGAAGAAGAGGGCAUCCCCAUGACUUAUGACGAAAAGAGGCAGCUCAGCUUAGACAUUAACCGGCUCCCGGGAGAGAAACUGGGGCGCGUAGUUCACAUUAUACAAUCCCGGGAACCUUCUUUAAGAGACUCCAAUCCCGAUGAGAUAGAAAUUGAUUUUGAAACCUUGAAGCCCACAACUUUGCGAGAACUGGAGCGAUACGUCAAGUCGUGUUUACAAAAAAAGCAAAGGAAACAGUUUUCAGCAUCGGGGAAAAAACAAGCAGUAAAGUCCAAGGAGGAGCUCGCUCAGGAAAAGAAAAGGGAGUUGGAGAAGCGACUCCAGGACGUAAGCGGCCAUUUAAAUAACAAGAAAGCUCAGAAAAAAGAGAAAACCGGUUCCGGAGCGGCGGGUGGCCCAUCCCGGCUGAGCAGUAGCAGCUCUUCUUCAGAAUCUGGCAGCAGCAGUUCAAGCGGAUCCAGUUCGGACAGCAGCGAUUCGGAAUAAAUAGAUGUUGUGCGCACACACACACAAGAUCCGAAUUCUUUGCAGUGAUCCCAUCUAUGAAACACUCUUUAACACUUUGUGUGUGCUGUUGGAAAAACUAGAAACUAAUUUUAUUUUGUUUUUAAAAAAAAAAAAAAUCAAUAAAAAAAAAUAAAU